GAGAGGGGGAGAGGGAGAGACCGACAUCCUGCAGCAGAGGUUUCAUGAUGGCCGAGCUGAGCACAGUGUCUCUUCCCCCAACAUUGUUUUACCUAGAUUAUGAAGUGGAAUAUAAUAAGACUGGAUGCCUACUGUUUGAUGCACCACCAGGAGCCAUCGAUGGCAUCACUUUGCUCAUCUGCCUGUUCGGGCUGGUGGGGAACGGGAUCGUGCUCUGGUUCCUCGGCUUCCACAUUAAGAGGAACCCCUUCACCGUCUACAUCCUCAACCUGGCCGUCUCCGACACUUUCUUCCUCCUGUGCUCGACUGCUUAUCUCAUAGUUUAUGUGGUGGAAUAUCCAUUUUGUGUGAAUGAUGUUUUUAUUUACGUAUUCUUGCUAUUUAGCAUGCCUGCUCUGUUGAUGUACAGCACCAGCCUGUACCUCCUGACGGCCAUCAGCACUGAGAGGUGUCUCUCUGUCCUCUACCCCAUCUGGCACCGAUGCCGCCGGCCAAAACACUUGUCUGCCAUUGUCUGCACCCUGCUCUGGGCUCUCUCCAUGCUGUUCUCCUGUCCAGUGGGUGUUUUUUGUAUUGUUCUUUCAGGUGAACACUGUGUCAUAUCCUUCCUACCCACGUGUUUUCUGAAUGUCCUGAUAUUCACUCCCAUCAUGGUUCUGUCCAGUCUGACCCUGUUCAUCAAGGUUCAACAUAGCUCACAGCGACGUCAGCCAGGAAAGCUCUAUGCUGUUAUCCUGCUCACCAUCCUCUUCUUCCUCCUCUUCACUGUCCCUCAGAGUGUCCAGAUCUUCCUCUUUUAUCAUAACAUAUUCGAUUCCAGUGAGAUAUUUCACAUGCUGGCCUCUGCAAGCAGCAGCAUCAACCCAUUUAUUUACUUUCUAGUCGGGAGCUAUGGGAAGCGGCGAUUCUGUGGCUCCAUCAAGGUCGCUCUCCAGAGGGUUUUUGAAGAGAAGACAGAUUCCAGAGAAGAUGGAGAGACCACCAGUGCAGAGCCAAUGGAGACGGUCACUUAAAUCCCUACAGCACCCAGCCUGGGAGACCCUGUUCUUAGCAUGGAGAUUCCGUAGAUCCCAGAAUCAAAGAACUUAGAACGGGAAAGGACCUGGUAGGUCACUGGCUAAUUCUUCCCCACCCAGAGCAGAGUCCUUCCCUAGAGUGGAUCCCCAGGGUUAUUUGCAGUUGUAAAGAACAACAAUGGGUCACAUGGGGCCCAACCUGCUCCCUGUGGAAUCAGUUUGGAAAGUCCUGUUGACUUAAAUGGGAUCAGGAGCAGGUCCAUUAUGGUCUGAUUUGCUUUGUUCUAAAAAUGCCUCUGACACGUAAUUUCAGUUUUGGUGGCAAGUUUCCCGCAGUGUCACCUGGUGAAUGUUAUUGUCUCUUCUGUAAAGAAUUAGUGUCGUGGACACCUCACGCCCUCCCCACUUU